AAAUAUCAAGAUGAGUUGGGCUGUUGAUGAAUGGAAGGAUGGGCUUCCAGCUAAAGCUCUACAGAAGAUUGGUCAACUUGAAUCUCAGCUAGAAAGACUUAAACGGGAGAAAGAUCAGAAACAGUUUCAGUUUGAAAGUUUAGAACAGUCAUUAUCCGUUCAAAAGAGAAAAUUGGAGGAAGAGAAAUCAUUGUAUGCUACAUUAAAACAUGACAAUCAGGUGCUGGAGAAAGAUUUAGGUGAAAUAGAAAAGAAGAGAGCUAAAUUAGCACAAGAAUUACAAACUAAAGACAAUCAUAUUUCCUGUUUAACAGGACAAUUGUCCCACACUAAAACUUCUGUUGACAAUGAAAUUUCAAAGUCUGUUCAUUUGAAGUCCGAUUUAGAGCAUGCUCAACAGGAACAUCUGGAAUUCAGCAAAAAGUUUGAGAAGUUAACGGCCGAUCAUGCUAAACUACAAGAAUAUAGCAAUCAUCAAAAAACGCAGAUUGAAUCUCAAACAGAUCGUGUGAAAUGUUUGGAGAAUGAUUUAAAGAAAUUACAGGGUGAAAUGGGAAAAGGAACUAAUCAGUCUAUUUAUACCGGUUCCGCUACUAAUACAAGUCCUACAGCAACAGAAUGCUCAUCAUUAAAAUCUAAAAUAGCUGAGUUAACAUCACAACAUGAAAAGGAUGUUGAAUCUUAUAAAAGUUUGGAAGCUGAAUUAAAAGUUCUUCAAUCACAGGCUGGUACAGAUAAUUCCAAACUGGUUGCUGAGUUGUCUAAUCUAAAGAAAGAGAAAGAAAGUUUGACCUUGCGUUUAGAAAACAAAACAACAGCCUCAGAUAACAAGGUUCAACAGAUGGGCCGAGAAUUAAAUGAUAAUAGAGGCAUGACUGGUAUGCAAGUUGAAAAGAUGGAAAAACUUAUUGAUAGAUUAAAAAAGGAAAAUGAAGUGCUGAAUACAUAG